GGUUCCUCUGAAGGAGUGGAUGUCUGUUGAAACAUGGAUCCUCGCACAGCCAGACCCAGCGCCUCCAGCAAGGCCCCUCCUGCAGUCAAGACCAAAGCCUCACUACUCUCCAAUAUAAAGGUGUUUGUGAUGUGCCAUAGCCUCCUGCAGCUGUCUCAGCUCCUCCAUACCUCCUACUUUAAGAGCAGCAUCAGCACCAUUGAGCGUCGCUAUGGAUACAGCAGUGUUUCCACAGGAAGCCUUACUUCUCUGCAUGAGGUAGGAAACCUGCUGCUGGUGGUGUUUGUGAGUUACUUAGGCAACCGUGUGCACCGGCCACGUGUGAUUGGCAUGGGUGGUCUCCUCAUGGCAGGAAGUGCUGGUCUGCUAGCCUUGCCUCACUUCCUGUCUCAGCCAUACCAGUAUAACUCAGCACUUUCAGAGGAGAAUAGUGACAUGUGUGUGUUGAAUGGAAACUCCUCCUCACCGUUGCGUUGCCAUGGGCUGAAUUCCCAGCAUGCCUCACAUCAGCGUGUUCCGUGGAAUCUUAUGGCCGCCGCCCAGCUGCUCUUUGGCCUUGGCUCCGCCCCCAUUCAGCCUCUUGGAAUCUCCUACAUCGAUGACUUUGCAGAGCCAGGAAACUCCGCCCUCUAUAUUGCCAUCUUGUUCUCAGUGUCUAUUUUUGGUCCUGCGUUUGGCUACCUCCUGGGCUCCAUCAUGUUGAGGAUCUAUGUGGAUGUGGACCGUAUAGACUCAAAGGCAGAGCUGGAGUUGAGUCCGUCCGACCCACGGUGGGUGGGGGCGUGGUGGAUGGGGUUGCUGGUGUCCUCCACCAGUCUGUUGCUCACAUCCACCCCCUACUUCCUCUUCCCCCGCCACGGAGCCACGCCCGCAGAGGUCACUGAGACGGAGACAGACUCACUCAAAGGGAACAAAAUCACGCUGGAGACGUCUUUCAUCAGCAUUAUCAAGAUGUUCCCUAGGCAUUUUCUGAGGCUGAUGAUAAACCCAGUGUUCAUGCUGCUGGUGUUGUCUCAGUGCUGUUUCUCGUGUGUGAUCUCGGGCUUGGCCACCUUCCUGGGGAAAUACCUGGAGCUGCAGUUCGGCACCUCCGCUGCAAAGGGAAGCUUCCUCAUGGGUGUGAUGAACCUUCCUGCUGCGGCCGUCGGCAUGCUGCUAGGAGGCGUGGUCAUGAAGAAGGCACAGCCCUCGGCUAGAGCCAUCCCCUGGGUAUCCAUGAUGGCACUAUCAGUGUCCAUCCUGCUUGGCAUACCACUGUUCUUCAUGGGCUGCCGCCUGCAGGAGGUGGUUGGGGUCAACAUACACCCCUGGACUGAUGGUUCUGUGUUGGAGUGCACCUCCAACUGCUCCUGUUUGGAGACGACCUUUAACCCUGUGUGUGGAGAGAACCACCUCGAGUACAUCUCCCCAUGUCAAGCUGGCUGCACCAACUACACACUACACCCAGCUGAGCCACUCAGAAUCCAGGCCUACACCCAGUGCAAAUGCAUUGUGGGGGCAGCUGGCUUAGGCCACGCCCUCCCGGGGUCAUGUGGUAACAGCUGCUCCAGUCUCCUCCUCCCAGCAAUGAUCCUCAUCGCCACAGCUGGAUUCAUUGCCAGCCUAACAAACUCCCCUCUCUACAUGCUGGUGCUUAGGUGUGUGUCACAGGAACAGAAAGUCUUUGCCAUUGGGGUGCAGUUUCUGCUGCUCAGGAUGCUGGCCUGGCUGCCGGGCCCCACCCUGUUCGGGGUGGUCAUGGACUCAGCAUGUGUGUGGUGGAAGCGGAUGUGUGGCUCCCAGUUUGGAUCCUGUGGUUACUAUGACAACGAUAUCCUUCGGAGCAGGUAUUUCGGGGUGCAGAUGGCUCUUAAGAUUCUGGGUAUUUUCCUGCUUGCGCUGGCUGGCUGGAAGGUGCACAGGGUAAAGGGUUACAACCUGGAGAAGAAAGGCCCUGUAGCUGUCUGACAUGGACCAAUCAACUGCCUUCAUUCCCUCUCAAGGACCAAUCAGAUAUCUUCCUUCCCUCUCAAGGACCAAUCACCUGCCCUGUUUCCCUUUCCAAGCUUAUUCACCCACCUUCAUUCUCUCCCAAGGACCAAUCAGAUACCUUCGUUCCAUCUCAACCAAUCAGGUCUUCUGUUCUCAUUGAGCAGCAGACCGGAACUGAGAUCUGACCCUAAUCUCCUGAUGCUGACUUUGGUGUUAUCUCUGAUUUUCUUCGUAGUGUUAGUUGUGCCCAAUAGGACUAAAAUGUUAUUAUAAAAGUAAAGGUGGCCAUAAACAUCUGACCUUUGGCGACCUCUGCCAUUGACGCUAUAGCACCUUGUGCAACUCA